AUGCCGAAGCCCAACACCAUUGCCUGGUGUUCAUGGGAGAAAAAGAACCUCCUUCCAUGGCUGCUACAGCACCGAGGGAUGACAUGGGAGGCAAAAGCCAAGGCAUACUUCAAGCAAUUUGGGUUGAAACGGACAGGGGAGGCGUUGCGAAGCAAGCGGAACUACCUAUUACGAAAACUUCGAGCUAUGCAGAAGAGUAUGUCUAAGGCCUCCUUCAUGGGGCAUCGGCCAUGGGUCCUAAGCAAAGAUACCCCGAGAGCCUUUCCGCCGCCACCCCCAAUCUUCACGCCCAGGGCCCGCAACACAGAGACCUGUCACUUAUCCCACGUGAGGCAGAGUUUGGCAACUGCAAAUGGUCGUCUCUUCGCAGGAGCCUCGGGGAGUGCAGACCAGACACUACUCGGUAACUUAAAGCGGAAGACCGGUAGAUGGGAUCAGAAGGGCUGA